AAGUCGCCGAUGCAUGAGAUGCCGCCCGGGCUAAAUUCCGCCGGGCGUCGGAACGCUCCACUACUUAUACCCAGCCACGCCUGUCCUCAAAGGCACUUCGUUUUCUCACCCAAAAAAAAAAAUGGCAUCGACGCAUGAAGCCUUGAACCCCAUCCACCCGGCCGUUUUGGCGAAAAUGGACCCUGUUUUCGUGGCCAUGUACAACGAGCACGUGGCGAAAAUCCCAAACGCUCCCAUCGACCUCCACAAGCUCCGGGCCAACUACUCUAAAAUCUACUCCUACGGCACCGGCGCGUACCCACACAUUGAAAAUGUGUCGGAAAUCUCUUUUUUGUCUUUUGAUGGGGCCCCGGUCAAGUUGCGCAUAUACAGGCCCAACGACGCUGCCGCAGACGACUUCUUGCCGGUCCACAUAGAUUUCCAUGGGGGCGGAGGAGGACUCGGCGACUUGGAAACAGAAAAGCACGUGCUCUGCCACUAUGUGCAGUUGGCCCGUGUUGCCGUGGUCGAUGUCGACUAUCGCCUAGUGCCCGAUUACCCAUAUCCAACGUACAUCCAGGACUGCUUUUGGGCCACCAAGUUUGUAUACGAGAACGCCGCCUCCUUGAACUUCUCGAAAGACCUGAUCUCUGUUGGCGGGGUGUCUGUAGGGGGCAACGUGGCGUUGAUCGUAUCGCACUUGGCACGUGACGCCCAGAUCCCGCUUGUGCUUUGUCUUGCCGGCACGCCUCAGGUCGACGACGUGGAGUCCUAUAAAUCGGCCCAGGACUCGCCGUAUGAGUCAGUACGGGAAUUCGAGUUUGCACCCACUUUGAACUGGUCACGCAUAACGUACUUCGACAAGCUCAAGUGGCAGACGUUGCCGACCGACGCAACCGAACGAGCCCGCCAACUUGAGAAAAUCGGCUGGUUCAAAAACGUCAUGCUUGCGCCGGAUUUCGCCGUCUUGCCCAAAACCGUCGUGGUCACUGCAGGCUGCGAUCCCAUGCGAGACGAGGGCGAGGCCUACGCGGCCAAGUUGAUCAAGACCGGAAACGAAGUGGUGUUCAAGAGAUAUCCAGGGGUGCCCCACCCGUUCAUGCAUAUGGACAGUUAUCUCUGGCAGGCCAGUGACUACAUCCAGUUCACGGCCCAGGAGCUCAAACGGGCACAUGGUCGGUAGACUGGGUAUGGGAGGUAUUUGUUUUUAUGCUCGUAGAUGACCGGCAGUGCAAGCACGUUGUUUGGUUAGAUAUCUUGUUUUAAGCAAAGGACGAGUACGGUCGUAAUCUUGUUCGUAUAGACUCGCAUUAAAUUUUUGAGCCCUAAACCUU